CUUUGAUAAAUUAGACUAGGUUGGCGACCAAAUUUAGUCCUCGCGUGGUUUAGAGCGGUGUGUGAUAGCUACACAACCAUGACUUUCGUUGAAAGGAUUUUAUGGAUACAGUUUUUAACACUUAUUGUAACCAGUCUAGCAUCUCAUAGAACAGUUAACUCUAGUGUGGGUAUAAUUAUAGGCGAUGUUCAAACUAUUACUAUUGGGCCAACCUCAGCGGCCAUUACCACGUUUCUUGGUAUACCGUAUGCCGAGCCUCCGACAGGGAAUCGGAGAUUUAGAAAACCGGUAAAAAAAGAAAAAUUUAACGACACCUUUUCUGCGUUGACAUUUGGCGCAUCCUGUCCUCAAUACUCGCCUUAUUAUACUCCUGAUAAAAUGGACGAGGAUUGCUUAUUUUUAAAUAUAUAUUCCCCCGAUACAACUGGUAGUGCCGACAAAGUACCUGUUAUGGUCUGGAUCCACGGUGGAGGGUUUAGGAUAGGAGAUGGAAAAGCUUACGGUGGUGAAAAAUUAGCUGCUUAUGGACAAGUGGUGGUAGUUACAUUAAAUUAUCGUUUAGGCCCACUUGGGUUCUUAAACGUAUUCGACGAUAUUGUGGAUGCAAACAAUGGCCUAUGGGAUCAACGAAUGGCUAUGGUGUGGGUGAAAGACAACAUACUAAGUUUCGGCGGGGAUCCAAAUAAUAUCACACUAUUUGGCCAAUCGUCAGGUGCAGCAGCUGUCAUGUAUCAAGCAACAUAUCCUGGUAAUCAAGGUAUAAUACACAGAGCUAUAGCUGAAAGUGGUUCUUGUAAUGCAGAAUGGGCCCUUAUUUCAAAACCUGUUGAUAAAGCUAAAGAGUAUGCCCGCAAAUUCAAUUGUCCUGUCAUCACCAAUAUUGACAUGGUUCGAUGUUUAAGAAAUCUAGAUAAUCUUACCUUAAUUGCAAAGUGGUCUGAUUUGAGUUCCUCUAUCGGUGACCAGGAUUGGGGCCCAUCCCUUGAUGACGACAUUGUAGACGUAAAUAAAUUAAUUGCGUUGACGGAUCCCACCAGUAACACUAAGCUGUCAGAAUUUAAUAAUUUGGAUUUACUUAUGGGUUUAAAUGGAUAUGAUGGUCAAUCGUUCCUUACACCACCAGCCUUUGCAAUGCAAUAUGCUAUUUUAACCAACUCUACAACUUCCAUCAAUGAAAUUAAAAGCGUUAAUAGACAUAUAAUAUCUACCGUACUGUAUGAGAGGUAUGGGUAUAGUGUCGCCCACAAAAUUCUUGACGCUGUAAUGUUUGAGUAUACAAACUUCGAGGAAGCCGCCAAUAAAGAUCUGCAUAUCAAACAAUCAACGGAUUUCAUGACAGCUAUAAACUUUCUAUAUCCAACCAUUUUAGCUCUAGACAACCAUGCCAAUGAAAACACGAGGGCUAAAACCUACCAAUACCAAUUUGAUGAACUAUUCCCAUUUCAAUAUCGCGAUCCUUGGAUCAAAGGCGCUGUCCAUUCGGAUGAAACUCUUUAUGUAUUUGGCUUUCCGGAAUCAAUCGAGACAUUUUACAAUUAUACCCAAUUAGGUAGUGCGUCACAAUGGAAUUUAGUUGCUAAAGUGAUGGAUUAUUGGACAAAUUUUGCCAAAUCGGGUGAUCCUAAUGUGCCGAGGUCGCCCACGAUAGAAUGGAAUGAAUAUACCAACACGAAAAGGGAAUAUUUAUACAUUGCAUCACAAAGAACAGCUAUGAAACACAAUUUAGAUGCCAAACACGUCGACUUUUGGAUAAACUAUCUUCCUGGGUAUAUCAAACGAGUUACAGAAACUGUUGUGAAAGAGAACGAGUACUGUACGAGCUCAUCUUGCAAUAUUUCUAUUGCCAGAUGUAACAUAGUAAUACCAUUUGUAUUGAUAUUAUUUGUCUUUUUGUCACAUAUGUAGAGAAAACACGACUAUACUAACUUUGUUUUCGCUUAAUAAAUAUGGUUUCUUAUCACAUA